AUGCAAUUGCUCAUUAAUGUCCUCAUUAUUUUCUUGUUAUGGGACACGAGUACAGAAGCAUCAACGAAUCAAGAGCGACCAAUAGCAAGGCCUAAUUGCCAACAGCUUUGCGGAGAUGUUAACAUCCCAUACCCUUUUGGAAUCGGACCUAACAAAGAUUGUUACAUUGACAAAUGGUUUGAGAUAGAAUGCCACAACCAUAGUGGCCGUCACAAGCCCUUUUUGAGCCAGGGUAAGCCCAAGCUAGAGGUGCUGGAAAUCUCUAUUGAUGGCACACUUCGGAUGAGGUCAAAUAAUCAAACUGUUGGCGGCUGUAUGUCAACUUGUGGUGACAACACCGUCGGCAAUGGUUGUAUUGGUACUAACUGUUGCCAGACUAUUCUUCCUCAAUAUCUCAGUGAGAUAAGUACUAAGUUGCAAUCUGAAUCUGCAGAAGCAGAUAGCGGAAAGCAACCAGAUGCAAUAUUAUCUGCCCAUAGCUAUGCAUUUAUGGUUGACCAAGAAUGGUUUCAAAAUAAUAUAUCAUAUUUUGGAGACAUCAAGGAUAUGGACAACGUUCCUGUGGUGCUAGAAUGGAGGUUAAGCUUAGACAAGAACAGUUCAUCAUUCACAUCGUAUGAAAAAUUCAUUGCAAAGACAUAUUUGGGUUUUACUUUAUCGAGUAUACCAUAUAUGGGUAUAUACCUGGGUUUUGCAUUGUUGUUACUAUUCAUUGCUGCACGGUAUGUUUACACAGCCAUAAACAAAAAGAAACAUAUUAUCCGCAAGAAAAUGUUUUUCAAGAGAAAUGGAGGCUUAUUGUUAGAGCAACAAUUACGGUUUGCUAAAAUUAAUGGUGAGAAGAUCAAGCUCUUCAAAUCAAAAGAAUUAGAGAAGUCCACUGACAAUUUUAGUAUAAAUAGAAUUCUUGGACAUGGAGGUCAUGGUACUGUGUAUAAAGGGAUGUUGAAGGAUGGAAGAAUUGUUGCUGUAAAGAAGUCUAAACUGGUAGAUGAAAGCAAGCUUGCAGAAUUCAUCAAUGAAGUUGUCAUUCUUUCAGAAAUCAAACACAGGAAUGUAGUUAAAUUGCUGGGUUGUUGUUUAGAGACUGAAAUUCCUAUUGUAGUGUAUGAAUUCAUACCUAAUGGAACGCUCUUCCAGUAUAUCCAUGAUGAGAAGAAUGAGGAAUUUCCACUUACAUGGAAAAUGCGCUUACGUAUUGCCACAGAAAUUGCAGGAGCUCUUUCCUACUUACAUGCUACAGCUUCAUGUCCCAUUUAUCACAGAGACAUUAAGUCUACCAACAUCCUCUUAGAUGAAAAAUAUAGAGCUAAAAUUGCUGACUUUGGAACUUCUAGAUCAGUUGCUAUUGACCAAACUCACUUGACCACACUUGUACAUGGGACAUUUGGUUACUUGGACCCUGAGUACUUCCGAUCAAGCAAAUUUACAGAGAAAAGUGAUGUGUAUAGCUUCGGGGUUGUCCUCGUUGAGCUCUUAACAGGGAAGAAACCAGUUUCCGCGAUAAAAGUGUUGAAACAAGAAGAAGAAUACCAGAGUCUUGUUGCAUGUUUCAUUAUAUUGAUGCAAGAAAAUCGUUUAUUUGACAUUGUUGAUGAACAGGUUUCAAAGGAGGGUUCUAAAAAAGAUAUUAGAAUAGUUGCUAACCUUGCAGAGAAAUGUUUGGAUUUGAAUGGAAGGAAGCGCCCUACAAUGAGAGAAGUCACAACUGAGUUGGAAGUCAUCCAAAUGUCAAAAACGACUUCAAUUAUUGAACAAAUUUAUGAAGAUGUUGAACUUCCAUGUCAAGGAUAG